AUGGCAACAGAGAUCACAUAUUUCAUUUUAUUUGGCCUUCUUGCUUCAUCAAGGACUUCGACGUCUUAUAGAAAUUCAGGUACAAACCAUAUUGAAUUUCUCAAACGCCUAGAAGAAUAUUACGAUCAAGAUAAAUACGAUAGCAGUCGCGACGAGAACAGUUCUAAGAGUCAUUAUUCGGACAAAUAUCGACAACCAUACGAUGAUUCACCAUCAACGUAUUCAAAAAACAAUCAAAGCGAGGAAACUAUUUUUCAACCUUUUGAGAAUACCGCAAAGGAUGAUGUGAUUAAAUAUAGGGCCGUCUCAAAACUACCACAUUUAAACGCCUUCCAUGAAGCGGUUACUGAACAAGGAGCAAGUUAUAACAUGGAAAACGCUGGUUGUAUGGAGAAGUGGGCGCAAUGUACACAUGUUGUGUGGAAAGUAGGCAAGAUGAUCGAACAGGACAGCCCGGCGACUGUUGGUGAGGUGCUAGACUUCCUAGUUGAAUACGAAAAGAUCCUAAAAGAUAAAGGAGAGGUCAUUGCACAUCGACCCAGAACCUACGAUAUACCUAGCAAUGAUGGUCACACUGGCAUGAAAAUCAACAACAAAUAUUUAUUACGCUGUAAAGGACACGGCUGUAGCUUCAAUAAAGACAACAGGCAAGGUAGAGAUGGUGAUGAUAUAAAUAACGCCGGUAACAGAUAUCUACGACACCGACACCAUCGACAUGAGAAUAACAAAAAUAGCCUACGAUGUGUUGGAAGUGAGUGUGGGAGAAACAGAGAAGACAGGGAUGACAACGAUUAUAAUGAUGACAGGUAUGAUCGAAACGAUAACCGGAAUAGAGAUGAUAAUGACGAUGACCGCGAUGACCGGGAAGAUCAGGAUAAUCGAGACAAUCGAAACUAUCGGGACGAUCAAAAUAAUCGAGAUGAUCGGGAUGAACGGGACAAUUGGGAUAAUCGAUAUAAUCGCGACAACCGAGAUGAUCGAAAUGAUCGGGACAAUAGAGAUGAUCGUGACGCUCGUGGUAAUUGGGAUAAUCGAAACGAUCGGGACAGUCGAGACGAUACGGAUGAACGGGAUAAUCGGGACGAUCAGGACAAUCAAGAUGAUCGGGACAAUCGAGAUGGUCAGGACAAUCGAGACGAUUGGGACAGUCGAGAUGACCAGGACAAUCGGGACAAUAGAGACGAUCGGGACUACAACAAAAAUGGCAAACAGGGGCUUCGCUGUGUCGGAAACAAGUGUGAGACAAAUCGGGACAAUGGGAUUUCUAGAAAAGAAUUCCGAUGUCGCGGUGAUAAUUGUAUCACAGAUGACGAAUCAGAGGAUGUUGAUUUGUCAGAUUCCAUUAAAGAACAUCCAAAGAUUCAAAGACUACUAAAAGAUAGAGAAAAAUUAAUUAAUAAGUUAAAGAGUCUCAUGUCUAAUUAA